GUUAGUAUAAAACACGCCGAAGAAAACCUAGAUGACAAAGAAAACCUUUCGCGUUGGAACUUGCAAAUUGCAAUACAGAGAUCAGUCGUAGUGAGAGUUUCGCCAUGGCCGAAAGCUCUUGCAAGCUUGAAAAUCAUCUGGAAACGAUGCGAGCAGAAGAGAACAUUUCAGAUCCAGCCCCAAUGGUUGUGAAGAAUGCUGCCGCUGCUGCUUCCCUGAGUGUCAUUCCUGACAUUAAUAAGAAGAAGAAGAAGAAACCGUCAAUAAAAACAUCUCCGGUUAGAGCUAUACUUUUAGACUAUUGGAAUAUUAGUUACUUGGCGAAGCAUGCGAAGGCUGCAAGCAAUGAAAUUCCUGGCUCUGAUGGGAGGAAGGAUCUGAGGGCUAGUACUGAAAAACAUAUAGACCCUUGGCGUUUGAGGGAGACGGACCCAGAUUGGGUACCAGUGGCUGUGGAGAAGGAUGCAAGGAGUGAUAUUGCUGAGAUUGACGUGAAGAAGUACCUUGUCCCCAAGGAUGCACUUCUUGGAGAUUUUAUUGCUUAUGUUCGGAUGUGGAUCUUUCUAAGUAAAAAAAAACCUAUAUUUGUCUUCUUCAAAAACACUGUACCUCCCACAGGUGCCUCUAUGGGUUUAGUUGAUGAGGAAAAUAAGGAUGAUGAUGGAUUUCUUCACAUGACCUACAGUGGGAAUGAUAACUUCAGCUACAGUGGGGACGUUGUGACCUGUUGAUUAUUUAUAGUUUAUCCUCUUGUGGGUUUAGGGUUGUUCAAAUGGAUCCUUUGCCCUCCAUUACUGUUUUAAUCAAGAAGAAUUUUCAAUUGAUGGGGAUCUUAACUUUGUUUUUAAUAAUUAUUUUUAAAUAGGAGAUGGGGAUCUUAAUAUAAAUGAGUU